CCGUGCAGAAAAAGGACGCUCGAAACUGAAGUAUCAACAAAGGAAUUUAUGGAGAGCCAAGAUCAAGAUGCUGUUGAAAGUUCUGAACCUGCCUCAGUACCAGCUUCAGGAGAAGAGAACACUGAGUCUGCAAAUAUUCAAGAAGAAAAUCCAGAAGUAUCUGCAAAAGAAGUGACGGAGACCCAAGAUGAAGAUGCUGUUGAAAAUUCUGAACCUGCCUCAGCACCGGCUCCAGGAGAAGAGAACAUUGAGUCUACAAGUAUUCCAGACAAAACUCCCGAAGUUAAAGAUACUGAGGAAGGUGAAGGGGAAACAAAACCUGAUGAGACUCUUCCUAGUGCAUCAGGAGAUGAAGACUUGGCAGCUGUUGGAGAGGAGGAGAAAGUAAGCAGCCCAAAAGUAGAAGUCAAGGAGAGCCCGAGAGGUGAAGUCUUCAAUGAAACUGAAGAGACAGCAGCUGAUGGUGAUGCAGAUCUACAGCAGCCCCCCAUUGAUGGUGAGCCUCAGCCCAGCCCUGAGGCAGAAACAAAGGAAUCAAAGGUUAAUGCUGAAGAGCCUACUCCUGGUAAAACAGUGGAAGCAGAUGUUGUGGCAGAGAAUGAGGAGGACAAUGAAGGCAGCAUAAAUUCAGAAGAAAACCAGAGCCAGAGGGGACAAUCUGUUGAAGGAAAGGAAGAUGCAGUAGCUGAGGAUGAUGAAGCUUCAGAGCAGCCCCCCAGUAAAAGUACAGAGGACCGGCCUAAUUCUGAGCCUGAGACAGAUUCUGCCAAAGCUGAACAUAAAGAUCAGGCUCAGAAGAUGGAAGGAGAUAAUGAAGAAGAUGAGGAAGAGGAUGAGGAAACCAAGCAAGCAAAAAAGAAAAAAAUUCCUGAUGACUUUUAUUAUGAAUAUGAAAACCUUUGCUCCAAACCUUUUGUGACACCAGAGUCAGAAAUACCCCAGAGCUUGUUACAUAUCACACAUUCAUUUGGGUAUGACUGCACCAAAAGAGGCAAUCUGCAGCUGCUAGAUGAUUCUACGCUGAUGUUUGUGGCUGGAAAUUUAGUGGUCAUUUUAAACCUGAAGACGAAGGAGCAGAAGUAUCUGCGGAGCAGCAGUGGAGGAGGAAUUGCUACUGUGGUGGUCCAUCCUAGUAAAAUGUAUUUUGCAGUGGCAGAAAAAGGCAUUAUGCCCAACAUCAUUGUCUAUGAGUACCCAUCUCUGCGUCCAUACAGAAUCCUGAGAGAGGGCACAGAAGAGGCUUACAGCUCGGUGGCUUUUAAUAACUCGGGCUUCCUUCUGGCUAGUGUGGGAAGUUCUCCAGACUACAUGCUAACCAUUUGGAACUGGAGCCAGGAGCAGACCCUUCUGCGUUCAAAGGCCUUCUCCCAGGAUGUGUAUAAGGUCACAUUCUCCCCAGAAAAUGAGGAGCAGCUUACGACAUCAGGGACUGGACACAUCAAAUUUUGGAAGAUAGCAACCACCUACACAGGCCUCAAGCUGCAGGGAUUGCUGGGAAAAUUUGGUAAAACUUCUCUGACAGAUAUUCAAGGCUAUGUGGAGCUGCCGGAUGGAAAGGUUGUGUCCGGAUCUGAAUGGGGCAAUAUGCUUCUCUGGGAUGGUGGGCUGAUCAAGGUGGAAAUCUGCAGGAAAGGGGGCAAGACCUGCCAUAAUGGCCCCAUUCAUCAGUUUAUGCUUGAAGAAGGAGAGCUCAUUUCUGUUGGGGCUGAUGGGGCAGUCAGAGUAUGGGACUUUGAGGCUAUUGACAUUGCAGAUUCAAAAGAUGACAGUGGACUCUUUGAAAUUGAACCAAUGAAUGAGCUGGUGGUGGGAAAGAAUGUGAGCCUCUACUCCAUGGUUAAGACUUCCAACACUGAGCAGUUCAUGUGUUAUGCUCAGGAUGCUAAUGGAGCAAUUUGGAAACUAGAUCUUUCAUUUUCAAAUAUGACUCAAGAUCCUGAGUGUCUGUUUUCAUUCCAUGCGGGGAAUAUCCAAGGAAUUGAUGUCUCCCCUUCCACCCACCUGAUGGCUACCACUGCCCAUGAUCGUUCAGUGAGAAUCUAUGACUAUGUUGAUAAAAGGGAAGUAACUCUUACUCGAUUCAAGCAAGGUGGAACCUUUCUCACUUGGGCCCCUCGAGUGGUAAACCCCAAAGGAGGCCUGAUCACAGUGGGCUUUGAUGAUGGAGUUGUUAGGCUUCUGGAAGUCUACGAUCCCAAAGGGCUCACACUUGUUGCUGGACGGAACAGCUCCAGUGAUGCUGAAAUUCGCCUCAAGCAGGCAUUCAAGCCACACACUGCUGCUGUCACUGCUAUAGCAUAUGAGAAGAAUGGGGAAGUACUGGCCACAGGGAGCUUGGACAAUACAGUAUUUCUGUUCUCUGUGAGUGACAGAUAUGAAGCAAUAGGAUUUGUGAAAGUGCCAGGACCAGUGAGGGAACUGGUGUGGUCUCCACCAACUCAUGAAAAGAGCACGCUACUUAUCCUCUGUGAAAAUGGCCAUGUUGUGGAGAUCAUACCUCCUGACCCAGAGAAACAGGACACAGUCUCUACAUUCGAGCUCAAGAACAUCUCCAUGAAGCAUUUUGGCUUCCGCAGUAUCAAGUCAAAGAUUAAGAGAGAGAGAGCUAUUAUCCAACGAGAGCAGGCCAGAGAGCAGAGGGAGAAGGAAAAGAAAGAGCGACUGAGGAAGAUGGAACAACUGGGCCAGGAAAUUACAGAGAAAGACCUGCAGGAUGACCCGGAAGUUGAAGAAGAGCCACUUCCUGAUAUCUACAUCCCUGAGAAACCCAGUCCCAUCUUGUGUGGUUUCUAUUCUGAGCCUGGCCAGUUCUGGCUUUGCUUGGGGGAGUAUGACUGUGGAUUCUUGUAUCACUGCAAGUUUUCUGAGCAACGGGAUGAUGUGGAUCCAUCCAAAAGGCAGGAUGAACCUUUCACGUACAUUGAGCUUGACAAUGCCUAUGAUGAUCCCAUCAGGAACUUUCAUUUCAGCUCUAACAGGCAGCUGCUCUUUUGUGGGAUGUACAGUGGUGCAGUGAGGGUGUACACCCUUGAAGCUAGUGACGUCACUCUAAAAUCCUUGCACUGUUACUGGCAACUGAGCCUGCAUGACAACCACUAUGGUCACAUCCAGAGGCUGCGCUGUAGCUUUGAUGACCAGUUUGUUGUGACCACUGGAGAGGACGGGAAUAUUUUCAUCUUAAGCCUUUUGCCACAAGAGGACAUUGACAGAGCCUUACAAAAAAGAAAAGCAAAAAUCCCUUCACCAAGGAGCGACUUAGAGAAGGACAGGAUUGUUGAUGAUAUCGAGGAUCCUAAUGCUUACAGCAUUGAAAAUGCAAAACAGAAGAUGGAAAUGGACCGGAUGAUAAAGGAGGCAGAAGAAAAGAAAGCAAUCAAAAGGAAACUGCUAGCAGAGCUCCAGAAAGAGUUUAAACAGCUACUCCUGAAGAACAAAGAACUUCCUGAGCAUGUGCAGUUUCACAGAGUGGAGUUUGAGCUGGAUCCAAGGAUUCGAGAAGAGACAGAGAAGUCCACUGCUCAAAGAAUUCGCCUAGUGCGUAAAGAACUGGCAUGGGAACAGGAGAAGCAAAGGAUUGGGCUGCAGAAGUUACAAGAAAAGUUUUUAAAUAAAGUAAAGUGGAAUACUAUAGUAGUGACAGCAUUUAAGAGCCAACACCAAGUGACUACUUACCGCCUAAUGGCCCUCUCAGAAAAAUACCAUACGAUGAAGAACAAAGUCCUACACAAAGGCUUGGAUGACCUGGACCGCAGGAAAAGUAAACUUGGAGAGGCAGCCAAGGAGAGCGGAGGUUCAGAUGCAACAGGUGAGAGGCACCAGGCCAAUGAAGACUUGCUUCUGAAACCAGGCCCACAUAUUUCUGGAGUGCAGUUAGUCGGCCGGCAGGCGGAGAAGCUACAGAAAGCCAUUGAAAAAGCAGAGAAAGCCAAGGCUAAAAUUGAAAGAAGGAAAAAGGAAUGGGAAGCACUAUACGCGAGGAAGCCAGAUGAAAACUACGAGGAUCCGGCAGAUGUUCAGGCAAUAAAGGAAGCCUACGACAGCAUGGGGGACUUCAAAUUGAAGACAGCAAAAGAUUUCACAGUCCCAGAGCACCUGCGCAUGACACCUGAGAAGAAGAGGCGGCAGCUUGUCAUUCUUGAGCAGCAGAUGUAUGAUGCAAAAUCAGAGAUAAACAGUAAGGUUUUGGCUCUCCGGGACAAUAAAAUUGCCUGCAUAGAUCAAAUCCGUCGACAUGUUGAAGAACUAAAAAAUAUGCAAGCAAAUAUGGAGCCCUCAAAGCGUCUACCUCUACCUCAAGUGCCUAGCCUUCUUCCUCAGGAGGUUCCAGAGCGCAAAAUGCAGUAUACUGAAAAGACACUGAUUGCUUACAAGGAGACACUCUCCAAAAAAAAAGAACAUUCAACCAAUGCAGAGACUUCAGAACAUUUCUCUGGGUUUGGUGGAUUUGCUGGUGGGAAAACAGAACAUACUGAAGGAGUUCCAACACCGGACACAGCCGAAACAGAAGAAGGCUCCCAGUUAUCCUCACUCCAGACACCUUCAGAGCCACAGGAGUCUACACUAACUAACUUGGAGAUAGAAAUUUUACAAGCAGAGGAAAUUAAGAAUCUUUACAUGCAGAAGCAUUUGCUAGAAAAGGUGGAGGACAUUAUGAUGAAGUUUGAUGCAGAACUGCGUCUCCUUAGACACCAAAAGAUGCAGCUGGACAUUGGUGUGAAGAUGGCUGACCUGCGUCAUUUGACUCUGUAUGAGGAGUUGCUACUGCUCAAGGAUUUUGAAAGGAGAGAGAACACUCUCCAGGAAAAGGUCAACAGUCGCAUUGAGGAGAGCACGCUGAUGACGAGAAAGCUAGAGGAGUGCAGUGCACUGAUGGAUGUGAAAAAACGAGACAUUGCUAAAUUGCUGGAGCGUGAGAAGAUGGUCCAUGCUUCAUUUCAAUCACAGCUUGGAGAGAACAACAAAUUUGUAAAAUUUCUGACCAAGGUGUUUAAGCUGAAGGUGAAGAGAGUAAAAAAAGAGGUGUCUGAAGAAGAUGAGGAUGAAGAGAGUGAUGAUGAGUCACUUGAAGAGUCAUCCUGGGGCAGUGAGGAAGACGACUCAGAGUCAGAAACAGGAGCUUUGGAUUUGAGUACCUGUCCACCUAACUGUGAUCCAGACAUUUUUGAAAAUACAAUCCAGCUGAGAGAAAAACGAAUGGACAUUGAGGAAGCAUUGGCAGAAGAAAAGAAAAUUGCAGAUAACUUAAAGAAAGAGAACGACUCUAUUGCUAAAAAGCUGAAGGUUAUCAAUGCCAGCUUGAAAGCUGCAGAAGCUGAACUGGAGCUCUUUCAGCGGGAGAAGCAGCAAAAACUCAAUGAGCUGAUUGUUGUGGUUCCAUUAAGGCUGCAUCAAAUCGAGUUUGUGAAUAAUGUCAGCCUUCCUAACGACCUCUCCCAGGCCCUCAUAUUCACCAAUCAAGCACUGACACAACUGCAGCAGAGAAUUCAGGAGCUGCAUGUGGAAAAAGUCAAUCAGUGGGACCUCUACAAGAAAGCAAGACAGCAACAUGUUCAGCUCAACAGAGACAGAAGAGAUAUGGAGGCCAAGAUUCAGAUACUGCAAGAAAAGUGCAAGCAGCUGAUGCAGAUGAAAUUUGGCAGGGUGGUGGAUCUGCAAGCUUUGCAGGUUGUGUCUGUCAACCGGAAUGUGGAGGAAAUGAAAGAAAAGGCCAGAGUGAAUGAAGUCAUAUUCGCCAGAGAAAUGGAUGCCUGGGAGAAAAAGGUAUGGGAAAUGAAGGUGCAACAGGCUGAGGUGACCCGUGCCAACACUCAAAAACUGGACGAGCUCAACUCCAUGCUGAUGCAGAAGGCACAGCUUGAGGAGCGGCUGGAUGCCAGGCAGAAGUCACUGGGCAAGCAGUUCCAUGGGAAGCCACAAGCUGAGAUAGAGGAGAGGCAAAGAUUGAUCGAAUUGGUAGAGAUGCAGGCCCAAGAGAUUGAAAUCCUGCAGGACGAGAUUGACAUUCUCUCCAGAAAAGGGGGACACAUUCUUCCCCCAGCUCAGCCACCCAAUAUGUAGGAUGCUAAGGAGGGUAGUGCUGAGAGAAUGCUCCAGAACAAAACAUGUUAUAUUUCUCUGUUUCUCACAGCUCCCAUUCCUUUGCCAAAUGAUUUUAAUUUUGAACGUUUUCUGUUUUGCCAAAGAAUAACAACAUCACCUCAAUGGCUGCUGUUUAAAUAAAUUUUAGCUCUCUCUAUAUAUAUAUUUGUCUGAGGGAGUUGGGCCCUUUCCAGAUUCAGUGGCGUCUGGCUUGCAGAGACAGAGCUUGCCGUUUUAAAGCCUGGUAACUGAUCUGUUUAAUUUCCUCCUUUAUAUGGAUGGGCUCACAGGCUAGGUCUGCUGCCAGGCAGCUUGUUUUUAAAAGGGGUUUUCUAUCAUUUACAUCAGUAGGUGGCACUGUUUCCUCUUGUUAUGCUCGAGGAGUGUUAACAGUGUAACUCAAUUCCCAUAUUCAACACAUAACCUUCCCACUCACCACCACCCCCAUCAUACCCCACCCCCCAAACUCCAAAUGGUUUAAAUUGGGAAAGAAACAACUUAUCUUUGUGCAAAAUAAAUCUUAUGAUAAUAAAUGGC